ACUUCCUUGUUCGUCCUUACCUAUGCUAGUACAAAAAGUGAUAUGUAUGUAAUUAUUCAGACAAAUGAAUUACUAUAAAUGAUGAAAUGAAAGCUGGCCAUAGUUAUAUAUAUUAAAUCUAAAAAGUGGACAAUUUGGAAAGUAUUAUUAUGAUGUAGCCUCAUUAUGGUGUUAGACAUUAUGUCAGCUCCUAAGCUACCAGCCCGAGUUCCAUCACAGAGAGGGAGACCUUUACCGGAAACACCGAACAGUCCUUCGCAUUUGACAAAACAACAACCUUCACUUAAAAAUCGAGCCUUACCGCCACCUCCGGAACAAAAUGUGAACAGUUCUCCGAAUAAUCAUGUGAAUCCAACCACUCGUCGAGUUCCAGUACCGAACUCGUUAAACACAGGUGGACAAACUUUAAAUAAACGUCCUCUACCUCCGCCUCCUGCGGAGGACAGAUACGUGAGCAGUCCCGUUACACCACAUGAACAUAAUAGUGUUUCGACUUUACGCCGUGGAUUACCACCAGUGCCAAAUGAGUCAUUAACAAGUGAGUCUCAAAAACGACCGUUACCACCACCACCAACCAAUGAGACUAAAGCGCCUAUUCAACCAACCAAUCAGACAAUGCAUCAAAUUCCACCAAAUAUCAGAUCAUCACCUAAACAGACAGCUAAUGGAAAUGUACGAACUAGAUCACCGAAUUUAGUACCGAAUGCUUUAGCACUUCCACCUAAGUUACCAGCUAGGAAGUCAAGUGUUUCACAUAGCCAUGGUUCAUCUACGCCAGAUUUAGAAACACGUUUCCUGUUCCACGAUGUUAAAGAUUUUCCUCCACCUGAAGAAUAUCAGGGCCAGGAAAAGAAAUAUCCAAGUCAAUCCGAAACAAAUGUUAAAACCAGACGACGAAAAAGAACAUCGCCUAGAUAGCAACUGACGACACUAUAGUGUUACUUAAUAGACAGCUAUUAAAUUAUUUUUGAAUAUUAUUAAGAGUACAGCCCUUGCAGUUUAAAACAUUCGGUAACAUUAGUAUUGGAAGUAUACUAUAUGCAUAGUUCAAUACUAAUUACUUAUAAUUCGAAUUUCAUUUUACUAAUAAAAUCAUUUUAUAAUCAAGAAAACUAUCCAUUUUGUCUAUAAAACUAUAAAUCAUAUAAUAUUGAAACUGGAUUUUUAUUGAAUAAUAUUGUAUUCAAUUGGUUCUAAUACAUUGUAUGAUUAAGACUAUCAGUCAUUGUGGUUUUCUUAAAUGUCAGGAGCCAGGUAGCUUUAAAACAAAAAGUGAGUCUCUGUAAAUAGAAAAAAUCAUUUCUUCCUAAAUAGCACAUACGAAUGACAAAUUCUUUAUUUACAUGUCCAUGCUUUAGAUAUUAUAUUUAAAUUAAUAUAUAUGUAUAUAUAAAAUACGAAAUUUAUUAAUAAAAUCUUAAAACAGA